AUGACUGCCUCCGUGGACCCACCCGCUUCAUCUACAAAUGGGGUCAGCUCCAGUGAUGGGCCAUUACCAACUAGCCUUGCAUCACGCAUGCCUGCUCCGGAGCUGCCAGAGUUUCUCAGUGGAAACGUUGCGCCGCCCAGGCUCCAGGCACAAGCUCCAGCAAGCCGCGAGGAUCUUCAAGAUCCAUGGAAGCUAAAUCCGUCGUUCGCUUAUGCGCCACGAAAGCUCAAGGUUUUCACGAUAGGCGCUGGCUUUUCUGGUCUGCUCAUGGCGCACAAAUUUCAGCACAGAUUUCCGGAGAUGGAUGAUAUCGUGGAGCACACCAUAUUCGAGGCACAUAGCGAGGUGGGGGGUACUUGGCUUGUCAACAAUUACCCUGGCGUUCAAUGUGAUGUUCCAGCGCACAUAUACGCAUUCCCAUUUGAUCCUAAUCCGGAUUGGAGCCGUUUCUAUGCAAGCGGUGCAGAGAUUCUGGAUUAUAUUAAAAGCACCGUCAAGAAGUGGGGACUUGACCGCGACCUCGAGCUCAAUACGAGAGUUGUCGAUGCUCGUUGGCAAGAAGACGCGGGCCAGUGGAAAGUCACAGUUGAACAUCAGAACACAAGACGUGAGGAGUAUUGUCAUGUCAUGAUAUCAGCCCGAGGCGUCCUGGUUCAUGAGUCCUGGCCUGAUAUCCCCGGCCUACGUGACUUCCAGGGUCAUAUCACACAUUCUGCACUCUGGGAUCACAAUUAUGACUACUCAAACAAGAGGAUCGCAGUUAUUGGAAAUGGCUCUUCCGGCAUCCAGAUAGUCCCACAAAUGGCUAGGCUGCCUGGCACCGUGGUGCAGAAUUUUGUCCGCGGGCCGACGUGGGUUUACUACCGAGCGCCACCGUCCAAGCACCUUGGCAGGGACGACCCGCAUCCAAAUCCAAAGUACACCGACGAGGAACGCGAACGAUUCAAUGACCCUGAAUACCAUUUGCAGCACAGGAAGGGCAUAAUCUCCCGUACGAAUAAGUCCUUUGGCAUCUUCUUGAGGGGCGAGAAAAAUGAGGAGGGGAUGCGGCUGGCUUCGGAACAAAUGGCAGAGAAAUUGAGGCACGACAAGAGACUGUGCGAUAUCCUGAUUCCUAAGUGGGAGCUGGGCUGUCGAAGAAUCACCCCUGGUCCAGGAUACCUGGAGUCCUUUUCACUGCCGAACUGCGACAUUACAAACAGUCCGAUCACCAAGAUCGCCAACCAUGGCGUCCAUACUGCUGAUGGGAGCUUUUUCGAAUGCGAUGUGGUCGUCUGUGCCACUGGUUUCGACGUGUCUCAUCGGCCACGGUACCCCGUGGUCGGCAAGUCUGGGGUCGAUCUUGCUACAAGAUGGGCUGAAGAUCCAGACUCUUAUCUUUCUGUGGCGGUUCCCGACUACCCUAAUUAUUUCAUGAUGAUGGGCCCCAAUUGCCUCGGCGGCCACGGCUCUCUGGUCGAGUCCCUCAACUGGACCGGAGAUUAUUUCAUCAAGUGGAUAAAGAAGCUGGCGACAGAAGAUAUCAAAUACGUAGUGCCCAAGCAGGAUGUCGUCGAUGCCUUCAUUAGGUACACCGAUCAGAUACAUAAGACCCUUGUCUGGUCUGGCAGCUGUCGGAGCUGGUACAAGAGAAACAAAGAGGACGGCCGAGUUACGGCUCUCUUUGGAGGAAGCGCCCAUCUAUUCAAUCGCAUGCUGAGUGACAUCCGCGGUGAGGAUUUUGAGAUUCAUUACCGCACGGCUAACCGUCUGAGGUUCAUGGGGAGCGGAUUCACGGAGUGGGAGAUGGAUCCCAAGAGCGACCUGUCAUGUGCAUCUUCAACCUCGCCUGGUAUGAGCAUUUCGCGUACGCAAUAA